AUGGUUAAAGCUUGGAUUAUGAACGCAUUAUCUAAGGAUAUAUCCAAGACUAUACUGUAUUAUAAAACUGCUAAGGAGGCUUGGGAUAAUCUAGAGGAGUGGUAUGGUGUUGCAAAUACAUCUCAAUACUAUAGCAUUCAAAGAGCCAUAGCAGCCACUACACAGGGAUCUUCUGAUAUAGUUACGUAUUUUACAAAGUUGAAGGGGUAUUGGGAUGAAAUUGGCAACUGCACUUUUGGUAGACCUUGCACUUGUGGUGCCUUGCCUGAGUUUAUUGAGGGACAGCAACUUGUUCAAUUCUUAUCUGGUUUGAAUGAGACAUAUGCUACUGUGCGAAGCAACAUUCUGAUGAUGAGUCAUGGUGGUCCCUCUCAAGUUAGCAACUCCAGAAAUUAUUCUCAAAGGGUGAACUUUGAUCCCAAGAAAUCUAUGAUGUUCUGCAAGUACUGUAAGAAGUCUAGGCACACUGUAGACAAGUGUUACAAGCUUCAUGGAUUCCCCUCAGACUUCAAGUUCACUAAGAAUAAAAGAGUUGCAGCUUCUGUACAUGUGGAUUCCACUCCUGAGAUUCCUCCCCUUUCUGAUCCUCAACAAGUUGUUGAUGCCCCACAUGGUUUCUCAAAGGAACAAUAUGCUCAUAUUCUGUCUCUUUUUCAGCAGGCCCAACUCCCAUCUUCUGCUCCAACAUCAUCAUCAUCCACUGCUUAUGCCAAUUUUGCAGGUUUGGUAAACAGCAUUGUUUUUAAUUCUGAUGGUUCAUUUGCAUCUAGUGCUUCUAGAGUAGAUUCACUUUCUUGGAUUUUGGAUUCCGGGGCCACUAGUCACAUGACCCCUCACAAACAACUACUUCAUAAUAUACAACCUUUAGUCACACCUUCUCUUGUUACAUUUCCAAAUGGAUACAAGGUUAAAGUUACCUCUAUAGGCUGCCUAUCACUGUCUUCUACUAUCACCCUGAAUAAUGGCCCUUCUCUGAAGAGGCCAUUGGAAAUUGGUAGAGUUGAGCAUGGCUUAUACAUUUUGCGUAUGGGUUCCAGCAAGUCUGAUUUUGUUUCUAUUUCUUGUUCUGAUGUAAACUCUAGUGAUUGUUCUUUUCAUUUUGUCAUUAGUCAUGUUCCUUCUUCCCCUGCUAUUGAUAGUUCAGUGUUUCCUACUUCUUAUGACUAUAGUAGGGUCACCUGGACACAUCUUCUUUCUUGCAAGGGGAAUGCUUUUUCCAUCAUUAAGGCCUUUAUAUCCAUGGUUUCCACCCAUUACAAUAAUAGUGUCCAAACCAUUAGAACAGACAAUGCUUUUGAACUAGGAUCUUGUUCCUCUUAUGCUGAAUUUCUUAGUUCAUUGGGUAUCUCUCAUCAUACCACUUGCUCUCAUACUUCACAAAAGAAUGGAGUUGUGGAGAGAAAACACAAACAUCUAUUAGAAACUGCUAGAGCCCUCUUGUUUCAGUCCAAAUUGCCUACCAAGUAUUGGGGCGAAUGUAUACUCACAGCUACAUAUCUGGUUAAUAGAUUCCCUUCUACUGUCAUUUUCAACAAAACUCCUUAUGAGCUCUUGAAUGGUCAACCACCCUCUUAUGAUCAUUUAAGAUCUUUUGAUUGUUUAGCCUAUGCUUCUGUCCCUAUACCUCUUAGAGACAAACUCCAAUCCAGAGUCAUCCCUUGUAUUUUCUUGGGUUAUCCCUUUGGUAAGAAAGGGUACAAACUCCUUCAUUUACACAAUAGAUCUAUUCUAUAUUCUAGAGAUGUUUCUUUUGUUGAACACAUUUUUCCUUCUACAUCUUCCCCUUCUACUUUCUUUCCUUCUCCUUCUGAUACAAGUUUUUCUUAUUAUGAUCACCUCAGUCCUCCUUCUUCCCCUCACUCUCCUACUACAUCAACUCCAUUACCUUCUAGUUCUUCUGUUCCACCAUUUCCUCCUCCACUUAGAAGGUUUAUCGCGGCCUCCUACAAGAAUCAAGCUUCAAUUUUGGAGUGA